CCUCCUUCCGGAGCGGUUGCCUUGACCCCGAUGUGCUUUCGGGGAAACUGAGGACCCUAAGGCAAGGCAGGCUGGUGGGUGCACUCCGCCCCUAGAACUGACGGGGCGCACACCUCCCGGCCGAAGCCUGUAUCGCCCCGCCUGUUCCAGUGGCCCAGGACGAUCCCGUGACCCCGCUACUUGGGGAAGAGUCUCGGGGGUAGAGCGUCCAGCCCGGGGGCAGGAAGGGGUGUGGGACAGCUGAUGAUGAUACGGUGACAGCCAACGUGUUGACUGUUAACUAUGUGGUUUACAUGCAUGCUCUCAUUUAAUACCCCCAUCGUGAAAUCUGUGAGGACAAGAUGAAGCUCAUCAUCCUGGACCACUAUUCUCAGGCCAGCGAGUGGGCGGCCAAAUACAUCAGGAACCGCAUCAUCCAGUUUAACCCGGGGCCAGACAAGUACUUCACCCUGGGGCUCCCCACUGGGAGCACCCCACUUGGCUGCUAUAAGAAGCUGAUUGAAUACUAUACGAAUGGGGACCUGUCCUUUAAAUAUGUGAAGACCUUCAACAUGGACGAGUAUGUGGGCCUUCCUCGAGAACACCCAGAGAGUUACCACUCCUUCAUGUGGAACAACUUCUUCAAGCACAUUGACAUCCACCCAGAAAACACCCACAUUCUGGAUGGGAACGCGGCUGACCUACAGGCUGAAUGCGACGCCUUUGAAGAGAAGAUCAAGGCUGCAGGCGGGAUCGAGCUGUUUGUUGGAGGGAUCGGCCCCGAUGGACACAUAGCCUUCAACGAGCCGGGCUCCAGUCUGGUGUCCCGGACCCGUGUGAAGACCCUGGCCAUGGACACCAUCCUGGCCAACGCUAGGUUCUUCGAUGGAAAGCUCGCCAACGUGCCCACCAUGGCCCUGACGGUGGGCGUGGGCACCGUCAUGGACGCUAGAGAGGUGAUGAUCCUCAUCACGGGUGCUCACAAGGCGUUUGCUCUGUACAAGGCUAUCGAGGAGGGAGUGAACCACAUGUGGACCGUGUCUGCCUUCCAGCAGCAUCCCCGCACCGUGUUUGUGUGCGACGAGGAUGCCACCUUGGAGCUGAAAGUGAAGACUGUCAAGUAUUUCAAAGGUUUAAUGCUUGUUCAUAACAAGUUGGUGGACCCCUUGUACAGUAUCAAAGAGAAAGAAAUUGAGAAAAGCCAGUCUUCUAAGAAACCAUACAGCGAUUAGCCUGUGCCGGGACCUAGUAUCAAGUACCUCAUAAGGACAGGCAGGUCUUUCUGGAAAUUGUUUUUAGAACAGAAUUGUAUUUCUUUAAUCCAGUGUGGUUAUGUCAGAUAAGUGGAUGAACCUAUUGUUUUUGGCUUUCAGGCUAGGAGCCUAGUCAUGAAGUUUAGCUACAGGAAGAAUGAUUAUAACUUAAUCAGAAGAAAAAAAAAAUCCCUGAAAAAUGUAUGGCAUCAUUUUGAUGUCUGCCAGACCCAGGUUAGUUUUAACUUUUUCUUCUGCCUCAGUUAUUGUUCACGUGUACAACACACUCCCGUCAGAACUUCCUAUCCUUACCUGCACUGAUUCUCAAGUGGGAGGGAAUUAGGGGUUUGUGUGUAUUGAACACAACCUCUUUGGAGAAAGUCUCAGCAGCUCCUUUUUUCCAGACCUGCCCCUAUUUGAGAAUCAUUGUUUCAGAUUAAGGCACAAACUGGGUAUCUAAGCACAAGGAAGCAGUCUCUCUGGUCAGUGACAAGUGCCGUGGAAGACAGCUGUCCUUGCAGCUGCCCUUCCAUGAACUGGGAGGACUCCUUGGGGAGCGAUUUGGGUGGGUAGGGCCAAAGAGGUGGCUUUUGCUGAUAAGAGUCUCAAGGGUCCCAGUCACGUCAAACUUCCCUCCUUUGGGGACCCUCCGGCACCAAGAGGAAUAAGGCGGAAGCCCUUUUCCCACCAGAGCCCUGUGUUUUUGUCAGAGGUCUCGCUGUGGCUCCUCUCUGACAUACUCAUUAGUUAAGUAGGAGGCCCACUGGGGCAGUAGACACUGCCACGACUUCAGUGUUGUGUUCAGCCAGAGUGAUGUGAGUUUAGUUGCAACACAUGAGUGUCAUGCUCUCCUGCCUCCCUAAGAGCUGAGUGCCAGGACAACAUACCAAAUGCUUCUAAUACUGUUUCCCCACUUAAAACACUCUGCUCUUCUAGCCCUCUUGGGUUCAUGUGGUGUGGUUACCAUUUCUCCUUCACCCCUGGCGCCCAUGAUGGUCUAUUGCUUGGCCUUCUUUUUAUUCUUAAGCCUUGGUGGAGUAGAUGCUGCUGCCUCCUCCCUGUUUUGGUGCCUGUUUGAAGCUACUGCUGCCUCCAAUUCUGGGAAAGAUCUUCCAGAGCCUGGCUUAGGUCUCUCUUUAAGUGUUGUGUUUGGUACCAGUGUUUCAUCUUUAGCUUUUAUAUGUAAUUAUGCUGGCAAUCUGUUUUAAGCUAAUGGAUCAGUGGACUUGUUUACAAUGUGAUAUUUUCUAUUAAAUCCAAUAUUUUCAAAUAAAAUGGGUCAUUUGUGGCUUUCAACCCCUAAAUUUCAGGUUUUCUGGGCUGGAUAAUUCUAUAGAACUAGUUGGUCAGCGCAAAGCCUCGGCAUGAAUUGCAGGGAAGGUCACAAAGCACAGCAACUGCCUGUUAAUCUCUUCUACAAUUGUCAGGGUGAAAGAUAAUCAAAAGAUUUUGUGGGCUGGUCUGAUGGUAGUAGGUUAUCAGAACUUACUAAUAUCAGUGUCACUGAAGUUGGUAUUCAACCCCCCACUGCUAAAUUUGACUGGCUUAAAAAAAAUAAAAAAUAAAGAUUUUAUGAAAAUGAAGCACCUAUGUGAAAAAGGGCAGGAGUGAACAGAUGAGCAAUAAAUUGUCAUGCUCUGGCUAUUCUUGAGAUCCAAACAAGGAUAUAGCUGUUAAAAAGAAUAAGAUUUGUGAUGAGGGACAUAAAAACUGCAAGGUAUAGAAAAAUACAUCUAGGUUUUGUUUUUGUUAAAGUCAAUGUAAUGGACUAUCUUGGGUCAAUAUAACUAACUAAGGAGUUACAAGUAGAAGUUGGAAGAAGGGUUUAAUUUUUAAAAUAAUUUUGGGAUAUAAUUUACCUGCUGAUAAAAUGUAUUUUUAAAUAAAGUCCAGGGAUUUUUAUCAAGUUUA